AUCUUGCAAUUUUUAGUUCCUGAGAGAGAACCCUGACAAAAAGCCUUUCCCAGAGAACCCGGCACAGCCAACCCCAGACAUGCUACUGCUGCUGCUGCUGCUGGCCCUGCUGUGGUGGAGGGAUGGGGCCGAGGGAUGGAGGGAGCCGGAGGAGGAUGACAAGCAGAAUUAUCCACUGCAAAUGCAGGACUCAGUGACGGUGCAGGAGAGCCUGUGUGUGUUUGUGCCCUGCUCCUUCUCCUACCCUAAGAGUGACCGGGCUUACGUUAACUCAGCUCAUGGCUACUGGUACCGGGAAGGGGCAAAACCACACCAGGAUGCUCCUGUGGCCACAAACAAACCAGAUCAUAAAGUACAGGAGGAGACCCGGGGCCGAUUCCGCCUCCUUGGGGACCCCUGGACCAAUGACUGCUCCCUGGACAUCAGAGACGCCAGGAGGACAGAUGAUGGAAAAUACUUUUUUCGAGUGGAAAAAGGAAGUGUGAAAUAUUCUUAUACAAGUAACCAGCUCUCUGUGCAUGUGACGGCCCUGAACCAUACACCGAACAUCCUCAUCCCACAGACCCUGGAGUCUGGCCGCCCCAGGAACCUGACCUGCUCUGUGCCCUGGGCCUGUGAGCAGGGCACGCCCCCCAUCUUCUCCUGGAUGUUGGCUGCCCUCACCUCCCUGGGCCCCAGGACCAACCUCUCCUCGGUGCUCACCCUCACCCCACGGCCCCAGGACCAUGGCACCAACCUCACCUGUCAGGUGAAGUUCCCCACAACUGGUCUAACUGUGGAAAGGACCAUCCAGCUCAACGUCACCUACUCUCCACAGAGCCUGACCGUCACUGUCUUCCCAGGAAACAGCACAGCACCCACAACCCUGAAGAACGGCUCAUCUCUUUCAGUCCUAGAGGGCCAGUCCCUGCACCUGGUCUGUGUUGUCGACAGCAACCCUCCAGCCAGGCUGAGCUGGGCCCGUGGGAGACGGAUCCUGACCCCCUCACAGCCCUUGAACCCCGGGGUCCUGGAGCUGCCCCGGGUGGAGUCGGGGCAUGAGGGUGAAUUCACCUGCCAAGCUCAGCACCCUCGGGGCUCCCUGCAUGUCUCCCUGAGCCUCUCUCUGCAGAGAAAAGCGUGUCCUUUAUCAGGAGUGGCGCUGGGUGCAGUCUGGGGAGCAGGUGCUAAGACUCUGCUCUUUCUGUCCUUCUGCGUCAUCGUCAUCAUAGUGAGGUCCCGCAGGAAGAAAGCAGCAAGGCCAGCGGUGGGCAUGGAGGACACAAGCAUGGAGGGUGCAAAUGCAGUCACAAGGGAAUGGGCAUUUCAAGUAUACCUUUGGAUCAAAGUCUUUCCAGAGAGUAGAAGGAGCUGGAGGUACGGAUGUGGGAGUCAUCAACCUAUUAGAUGAGAUGAAGCCAAUGUAGUGGAUGAGGUCACGAAACAAAGUUGAAGAAGGAAAGUGUCCGGGGCUGCUCUGAUAUUUAGGGGCAGGGAGAUGGGGAGCAUCCAGCAAGGGGGCUUCCAGCGAGGUCAACGGACACAGAAAGUGUGAUGUCUUGUAAUUAAGUCCAAAGGGGCUUUCCUUUAGGGCAGGUGUGCAGUCAGGUCACCUGCUGCUGCAAAGUCCAGAGAGGUGAGGACUGAAAGAUGGCUAUUUGGAUUUCCCCAGCAGAGGUCACUGGUGUGCCUGAUAACAGCAGUAUCGGGAAGUGUGUGUGUGUGUGUGUGUGUGUGUGUGAAUCUUAAUUUGAAUUAUGAAGAGAAUGGGAGGGGCAAAAAUAUUAACAAUUCUGUUGAAAUGCUCUCUUGUCAAGAGGAGCAGCAGAGAAGGAUGCUCCUUGGCAGCACCAGUCACUCUCCUCCAUGAGUCUGUGUUACUUUCUUGUUGCUGCUGUGAUGAAUCAUCACAAAUUCAGUGGCUUCCAACAACAUAAAUUUAUUAUCUUACGGUUCUGGAGGUCACAAGUCCAAAAUGGGUUUCACUGCGCUAAAAGGAAGGCAUUGGCCAACAGGGCUGAGGCCCGUCUGGAGGCUCCAGGGGAAGAUGCAUUUUCUUGCCUUUUCCAUCCUCUAGAGGGCGCCUGCAUUCCUUGGUUCAUGGCCUCUUUCUCCAUCUUCAAGGCCAAAAGUACAGCGUCUUCAAAUCUCUCUCUGCCUCCUUUCACAUGUAAAGACCCUUCUGAUUACCUUAGGCCUUCCCAAAUAAUCCGGGAGAAUGUCCCCAUCUCAAUAUCCUUCACUUAAUUCCAUCUGCAAAGUCCCUUUUCCUUAUGUAGUCUAACACAUUCACAGGUUCCUAGGGAUUAGGGCUUGGAUAUCACCUUGGACAGCCACCGUUGGGGGGCUGUUAUUCUGCCUACCACAGGGACAUAAUUUCUUUGACUGACUUGUCCUUCCACCAAACUGCGAGCUUCCCAAGGGCAGGUGACAUGCCUGAAUCAAGGCCCUAUAAUCCUCUCUCGCUUACCCAGUUCCUGUCCAACAUAUAAUUCACAAUUAGGUAUUUAUUUGCUUAACUCAUAUUUUGCUGCCUUCCUCAAUUAAAGAGUAAGCCGCAAGAAGUCAGGGUCUGUGUCUGCUGUGUCCACCACAGAACAUCCAGCACCCAGCUCAGGGCCUCACACACAGGGGGCCUCACGCUUCGUGGUCAGAAAGAACUAGAUUGGAUCCUGGUUUCAGCAGGGAUAUUUUGCUGAGGAAGAUUAGCCCUGAGCUAACAUCUGAUGCCAAUUCUCCUCUUUUUGCUGAGGAAGAUUGGCCCUGGGCUAACGUCCGUGCCCAUCUUCUUCUACUUUAUAUGUGGGACGCCAGCCACAGCAUGGCUUGAUAAGCAGUGCCUAGGUCCGUGCCGGGGAUCUGAACCUGCGAACCCAGGGCUGCCAAGCAGAGUGCACGAAUUUAGCCACUAUGCUACCAGGGUGGCCCCUUCCUCAGGGACUUUGAGCAUGUUGCUUACUUUGAUCAUCGCCGUUGUCAUAUAUAUAAAAUGGAGACAAUGAUAAUAUCUUCCUUAUGGGGUUGUUGUGGGAAGCUCAUGAGAUUAGCAAGCACCAAAUAAUGUGUUCUUUAAAUAUCAAAUAUUCAAGGAAAACAUAAAGAAAGGAGAUGUCACGAAAAAUGUAUGUGGGAUGAAUGGAAGAAGGAAUACGUGGGGUUCCCUCUUGGACACUCGCUGUCUUAUCCUGUCCUUACUGUUCUGCUCUGACUCCCUUCUCUCUCCCUCUACUCAGGGUCCCCUGAUUGAAUCCCAGGAGAGCAGCUUCCCAGACCACCCUCCCCCAGAUGUGGCUGCCACCUGCUCCGGGGAGGAAGAACAACUCCAUUAUGCAUCCCUCAGCUUUCAUGGGAUGAAGCCUUGGGAUCCACAGGAACAGGAGUCCGCUGCUAGUGAGAACUCAGAGAUCAAGAUCCACAAGUGAGAUACUGCAGAGACUCGAUCCUGGCUUGAGAGAUCACAGCUCCUGUGGGGCAAAGAAAAAGUCAGGUGCUGUAGAGUUAAAAAUCCCACUAAAUAGUGUAAAGAACAGAGACUUUGGAACCAAAGAGUUUGAGUUUGCAUCCACACUACCUGUUUACAAAGUAAGUGACAGACUGACUCCUACCUCUCUGUGCCUCAAUUUCCUACUCUGUGAAUCAGGGAUGGGAAGCCCUACCUACCAGUUCAUAGUGAGAAUUCUUGGAGUAAAAUCCUAUCAGAACACCUGCCACAAAGUGUAUGCUGAACACAUGCUGGAUCACCAUGCUUUGGACAGUAAGGUCCUGCUGGGAAUUUCUCCUGACUCUGGAGGGGACCAGCGUCAGACCUCAGACCUUGCACAGUGAGAUCCCUCCUCCUGGAAUGUCCAUGCACCAGGCCAUCAUCUUCCUGUGUCUUUGAAAGCUGAGCCCAAGUGGUGGACAUUUGCAUUGCGAUGGGGCAGUCAAGCAGCAGCUCAUGAUCGCCCCCUAUAGAGACAAACCCGGUGAAUGAGAAAGGUUCUCAAUCGAUCACAUUACCUUCUGAUGAAUGAAGCAAAUCAUCCCCAAAUUGCCCUUUGACCCCCACACAAAGACAGGACUAUUUCUCAGCAGUCACUUCAUAAAGUGGUCGUUGUGGAAAGAAAUCAAAGAUUGGGUGAGGCACGAAAAAUUCUCUACAAAAGGACCCCAACAAAUUUAUAAUAGCACCAAAAAAACAUAAAGGACAAAGGAACAAUUUUUUAUUUAAACAUGAAAUACUUUUGCACUGAGAAAUAGGGAACAUUGCUGAGGGAAGUUAAAGAAGAUCCAAAUGAAUGAAGAGAUAUACCAUGUUCAUGGAUGGGAAGACACGGUUUUGUUAAGACGUCACUUUUCUCCAUAUUGAUUUAUGUGUAUAUAUAUAUAUAUAUAUAUAUAAUAUAUAAAUUGAGAAGCUGAUUCUAAACUCUAUAUGGAAAUGUAAAAACCUAGAAUAGGAAAACAGUAUUGGAUAGGAAGACCACAGUUGGAGACAUCAGACUUUUCUAUGAAGUAGAGUCAUUAAGAGAGUGUGCUGUGGACAGAACAGAAUCCAUAAAUAGACCCACACAUUAUACAUGGUCCACUGAACAGCAUCUAGUCUAUUCAUUUUGGAAAGGAAGGAUAUUUCAACCAAUGUGGUAGAAGAAGUGAAUCAAUGUUUGGAAAAAAUGAACUAUAUAUAUAUUAUAAUUUGUUUAUAUAACUAGAAUCAUGCAGUAUGUACUCAAGUGGCUUUUUCACUCAGUAUUGAAUUUUUUGAGGUUCAUCCAUUGUGUGUGUAUCAGUACUUUGUUCCUUCAUUGCUGAGUAGGUUUCCAGUAUAUCACAGUUUGUUUACCCUUGUUUUUGUUGAUGAACAUUGGGCUUGUUUCCCGUUUUUGGCAAUUAUGAAUAAAGCUGCUCUGAAUAUA